CGGCAAAAGGUGUGCGAUUUGCUCCGUGACCACAGUCCGUUUGAGGGAGUCGACCGGAUCGCACACACGUAUUCUCAGCUCGAGCAGUCGACUAAAAAUAGGAAAUAAAUAAAAACAGAAAUGUUUUGUUGCUUAUCAACGUUUCUAACGCUUAUUGGCUUCUAUGCCCUAGCCUCUUAUCUCUACGAGCAGUUGAGAACGCCGUACAAACUGCUGAAAAUUCGGUAUUUUAGCGAUAGUAGACCCACUCUCAAGGAGCGUUAUGGAGAUUGGGCGGCUGUCACGGGAGCCAGUGAUGGAAUUGGCAAGGAAUAUUCCAAGGCUCUGGCCCGCCAGAACAUCAAUGUCGUCCUGAUCGCCAGAAACGAGGAGAAACUCCAGGCGGUGGCCAAGGAAAUUGCUGAAAGCGGAUCUGGUGUGCAGACAAAGAUCGUGGUAGCCGACUUCACAAAGGGCUCGCAGGUUUACGACCAUAUAGAAAAGGAAACUGCCAAUAUACCCAUUUCUAUACUUGUGAACAACGUUGGAUCGGGUGCACCCACAUCUUUGCUGAAAUGGAGCCAGGAAGCCACCCAGAAUAUAAUCGACACCAAUGUGGUGGCCGUUUCGCAGCUCUCCCGCCUCUUCUUCCAGCGGAUGAAGGCCUCAAAGAUCAAGGGGGCCAUCGUGAAUGUUAGCUCUGGAACGGAACUCCAGCCCCUUCCCUAUGGAGCCUACUAUGCCGCCUCCAAGGCGUACACCCGCAGCUUAACCCUGGCCCUGUAUCACGAGGCCAAGCCAUUUGGCAUCCAUGUCCAGCUGCUUUCCCCCAACUUCGUGGUCACCAAGAUCAACUCGUACUCCAGUCGGAUCAUGAAGGGCGGUCUGUUCAUCCCAUCGGCUGCGGCUUAUGCCCAGAGUGCAGUUGAUCAGCUGAGGGACGGAGUGGAGGAAACUCCGGGUUACCUGUGGCACCAUGUCCAAAAUGCUGUGGCAACCGCCUUUACGUGGCGUGUGCGAACAUAUACCGCCACUAAGAUCUUCGGCAAAAUGUCGGAUAUGAAAAAGCAGAAGUAACAUUUUAAAAGUAUGAAAGUACAAAUAAAAGAGCCAAAAAUAUAAUUUAAA